ACGGAAGUGUUUUAUUUUGAACUUUGAGGUGAAUGACGGGCUAUGGAAACGCAGAUAAAGAGAGCUAAUAGUUGUUUUAACUUUUAGCUUUUAGAAAGGGGCUUCUGGUGCAGAGACGAUCUUCGACCGCGGGUUGCACCAGUCGGAAGGCGCCCGUUGACAGAGGGCAGGACGGGACUCUCCGAGCGGCGGGCUGGUCGGUGGAGGAGCAGCGGACCGUCAUGGACAGGACGGCCGUGGUAAAGGUCGGAGCCGCGGCCAGUGCCAGCGUCUGUGCUCUGUUCGGUGGAGUGGUUCUGGCGCAGUACAUCGUCGCCAAGAAGAAGCGAGCGGGCAAAAAAACCAGGAUCAUAGAGAUGAUGCCUCAGUUUGAGAAGACAACGGUCCACAUGAGGGACCCUGAGAGGGUGGAGCAGAUCAUCUGUGGUCUCAUCAAGGGAGGAGCUUCCAAACUACAGAUCAUCACAGACUUCGACAUGACGUUAAGCAAGUUCGCCGUCAAUGGCAAACGCUGUCCAACGUGUCACAAUAUCAUCGACAACUGCAAGUUGGUAACAGAGGAGUGCAGGCAGAAGCUGCUGCAGCUGAAGAAUAAGUAUUAUCCCAUUGAGAUCGACCCUAACCUCACCAUGGAGGAGAAAUACCCAUUCAUGGUGGAGUGGUAUUUCAAGUCCCACACACUACUUGUGGAGCAGCGAAUAGAAAAAGACAAACUGCCAGAGGUGGUGAGAGAGUCUGAUGCUGCACUCAGGGAAGGCUUUGAGCAGUUCUUUGAUCGCCUGCAGCAGCAUAACGUGCCUGUCUUCAUCUUCUCUGCUGGCCUGGGCGACGUCCUCGAAGAAAUCAUCCGCCAGGCUGGAGUCUACCACCCCAACGUCAAGGUCGUCUCCAACUUCAUGGACUUUGAUGAUAAUGGCGUCUUAAAGGGUUUCAAAGGCGAGCUGAUCCACGUGUACAACAAACACGAUGGUGCCCUGCGGAACACAGAAUACUUCAAACAGCUGAAGGAAUACUGCAACAUCAUCCUAAUGGGCGACUCGCUGGGGGACCUCAGCAUGGCAGACGGUGCACCGAAUGUAGAGAACAUCCUCAAGAUCGGCUUCCUCAACGACAAGGUGGAAGAGCGAUUGGACAAAUAUCUGGACUCUUAUGACAUCGUCCUGGUGAAGGACGAGACUCUGGAAGUGCCCAACGCCAUCCUCCAGAAGGUUCUAUAACUCCACCCCCCUCCCCCCCCCCCCCCCCCCCAACUCCUCUCCUCCCAUCCCUUCCAGCCUCUGGCCUGUCAGGCUUUUAACACCAAACUAAACCUUUGUCACUGGUCCAAACUGGUCACUAUUUAACCUCUCCUCUCUCACUCUGGAUCCCACCAGAGUCAUCUCCUGACUCUGUAACCCCCCUGUACCCCCAUUCCCACCCUAUAAAAGCCUUUUAAAAGACUUUUGACAUCUCCUGAAUGAACUGUUUUAAAAGUCCACACAGCAGCAUCAGCCUGUCUCUGUUGAAUUUUGUCUGUUUGAAUCAUUUCUGAUGUUCUCUAUCUGAGUCAGUGUAUUAUAAAGGCAUAGCUAAAAGUGAGUUUUUACAAAACACACACUCUCACUCCAUCUUUAUAAUUUGCACAUUGUUAUUACUAUUAUUAUUCAUAUGAUUAUUUUUGAUAUGGUAAUAUUUAUAUACCAUAAACCAGGUGCCCACAGAUAGACAAAGUGUUUUCUUCGGACCUAUCCCAGCAUGCCUUUGAUCUCAGUUUCUCUAUGCGACUCUGCUAUGAAGUCAUGAAAGUAGCUCAGUAUGAACAGGACCUUGAAAAAUGUCUAGUGAAAAUUAAAAUGUGUAGCUUGAUGAGAGCUGCAAUAGAAUUACCUCCAACAGUAUUCAUCAAAUUAAAGAAAGGAGUCAGAUCAUCAGAGGAAAUGCACUUUAAAUUCUAAUAUAGUAAUAUUGAUUUGGGGAUGGAAAAGGUUCUUGCACAGAAAAGCAAUGUUUACAUGAGCUUGUUUAACCCAGUGUACUUGUUAAGCAUCAUAUCAACACACAGAUAAUUCUAGGGUUGAAAUAUUCAUGGCAAAUAGCAUCUUUUAUUUGUGAGCCUUCUCUGCGUAGCUGACUCAACAAUCAGGUGUUCUCCAUGACAGUGUUGAAAGUUAAGAAGCUAUUAAGUAAUGCUUAACUUGACCUCUAGUGGUCAUUAGCAGGAACAACAACAGUAAAAAAAAAUCCCCUUAAACCAAAGUAACAGGUUGCCUCCUGCAGUUUCACUUGAAGGAUUCAGUUCUGCAAAAUGCCAGUAUAUCUAAAGUAUAGUUCAUUGUUCCAGUAGACACAAGGAAACACACUGCUGUCUGUGGCUCAGUAAAACCCAGCAUAUGACCUAUCUAAUUUAGUAUCGUCAUUCUGUGGUUAAAAUUGAGCACUACCUCUAAAAUAUUCAUCAUUGUGUCUUUUCUUUUUGGGAGGUUCAAAGCUAAAAUGCCACUGUCUCAGUUUGUCUCAACAUGUUGUGUUGAAUGUUCUCUUUGACUUUGUAUGUGUUUUUAAAUGUGCUGCUAUCACCUGCAUGUUGCCUUUUCUUAUUGUCAAGUUUAUGUCAAAGAGAUGGGAGUCUAAAAUAUAUAUAUGUCAAUAAAGCUGGGAAUAAUGUCAUACUGUAUAUGUGGGCAUCAUAUGGAAAUGUAUAUUGUUUCACAGCAUUUGGAAAUAUUUCCAAAAGUAUAGACCAGUGUGCUGUAUUUUUCUAAGCAGAUGACUUUCUCUUUUCUUUGAUGGUGUGAACUGAAAAUGCAAUAAAAUGUCAUUUUGUGA